UGCUCUGUCCUGAAGCUGUGUGAUCCAGCUGUAGACUCAAGGCGGAAAGUACGUAGUAAUACACAACAUACCUGGGAAGCUCACAAAGACCAGAGCCUAUCUUAAGAAUUAAUACUACAAAGAAAACCUGAUGGGACCAUUCCAGAUUGUCCCCAGCAGAUUAAUUUCCCAGCUGUAUUGUGGACUGAAGUCUCCUGCUGCCAAAGGAACCAAGAUUUGCCUAACCAUGGCUCGCCCAAGUUCAAAUAUGGCCAGUUUUCGGGAGGUUUUUGCAAAAGCAAAGCACAUAGUCGUCCUUUCAGGGGCUGGCAUUAGUGCUGAAAGUGGGCUUCCAACUUUCAGAGGAGCUGGUGGUUAUUGGAGAAAGUGGAAAUCUCAGGACCUGGCCACUCCUGAGGCCUUUGCCUACAACCCGUCACGCGUGUGGGAGUUCUACCACUACCGGCGGGAAAUGAUGCAGAGCGCGAAGCCGAACCCUGGGCACCUUGCCAUUGCCGAGUGUGAGGCCAGGCUGCACAAGCAGGGCCGCAGGGUCACGGUCAUCACCCAAAACAUUGAUGAGCUGCACCGUAAGGCUGGCACCAAGAACCUUCUGGAAAUCCAUGGUAGCAUAUUUAAAACUCGAUGUACCUCUUGUGGAGUUGUGGCUGAGAACCACAAGAGUCCGAUUUGUCCAGCUUUAUCAGGAAAAGGUGCUCCAGAACCCGAAACGCAUGAUGCCAGAAUCCCAGUUGAGAAACUUCCCCGGUGUGAAGAGGCAGCGUGUGGAGGACUGCUGCGACCUCACGUAGUUUGGUUUGGAGAAAACCUGGAUCCUGCCAUUCUGGAGGAGGUUCACAGAGAGCUGGCCCUCUGUGACUUAUGUCUAGUGGUGGGAACUUCCUCUGUGGUUUAUCCUGCUGCCAUGUUUGCCCCCCAGGUGUCAGCCAGGGGUGUGCCAGUGGCCGAAUUUAACAUGGAAACCACCCCAGCCACCAACACAUUCAGGUUUCAUUUCCAGGGGCCCUGUGGUAAGAGUCUUCCUGAAGCCCUUGCUCCUCAUGAAACUGAAACAGUUUCUUAAUUGUCCUGAGGACGUUAGAAAUUAUAGUACAUCUAAGUACCAAGCUACAAACAGGAGAUACAAUCCUGUGGAUGGUGAGAUGAAUACUGGAAGAUCUAAAGACAUCCUCUGAUUCCCUGGCGGGAUUCAACCUGUUGAUCAGUGAUAGGGUCUUAGAGGUAACAAUAGCAAACGUAUUUACAAGAAAUCAGAGAACUGUAAAGUUAACGCAUGUUAUUCGGUUUGAACUUAAACAUAAAAUACCUCUGCUGUG